AAAACGAAAGGUCUUGGCGGCAAGGGAAAAUUGACAGGAAAAUUAAUUGAAGAACUGUCGGUUUACUAUGGAUUAGCAAUAAGGAGGAACAAAGAUUCAGUAGAAUCAAUGAGGAAAGAGAUUUGGGCAACGCUAUACCAUAAGGUAUCCACCGACAGUCAUCCGCAGCAUCAUUUUUGCCCUACCGGCGAAGAUUCAUGGUGCUCGUAUGAAAAAGCAAAGGCCAAAACUGAUGUUGCUAAUUAUAAGCAUAAGCCAGCAAUGUAUACUGAAGUUUUCGAAGCUAUAAAGCCCAUUUACGAAGAACUGAGUAGUGACCAACUUUUAACUAGAUGCGUCGGAGGCUUCACUCAGAAUACCAACGAAAGCCUUAAUGCAACUGUGUGGUCGAUGGCUCCGAAAUCUUUUGGAAGUGGCAAAAAAUCGUCGACAUAGCAACAGAUUUGGCUACUUACU